AUGGCUGACAAAUCUGGAAUCCAUCUGUAUACGGCGCAGACGCCCAACGGCAUCAAGGUGUCAAUUCUCUUGGAAGAGCUGGGACUGAAAUAUGAGGAGCCGUGGUUCCUGGAGAUAAAUCCCAACGGGCGCAUCCCAGCGCUGACGGACACCUUCACGGAUGGCAAGCUCAUUCGCCUGUUCGAGAGUGGCUCGAUUAUGCAAUAUCUGGUCGAGCGUUACGACAAGGACCACAAGGUGUCAUAUCCUCAGGGGACAAGGGAGUACUAUGAGGUGAACAGUUGGAUGGGAGGUCUGGGUCCGAUGCAAGGACAGCUCAUCUACUUCAACCGCUACGCGCCCGCGAAGAUCCCCUACGCAAUUGACCACUACAAGAACGAAACCGGCCGCCUCUACAAAACCUUGGAAACGCAGCUCAAGCCAUCCACGUCGGGCUACCUCGUCGGUGACCGGUGCACGGUAGCCGACUUUUCUUGCUGGGUCUGGGUGGCAGCCUCUUAUUCCGGUGGGGUUGACCUCGCCGAGUUCCCACUACUGAAGGAAUGGGUUGAUCGAUUACUUGCUCGUCCUGGGGUUGAGAAGGGGCGUCAUGUACCCUCGCCUCAUACUGCUUUAGACGCUGCAAACCUGACUGAGGAGGAGUUGAACGCGAAGGCUGAGCAAAGUCGGGCGUGGAUUUUGAAAGGGAUGCAGGCAGACAAGGAGAAGAACUAA